AUGAGACUUGUCGCAGCUCUUUGCCUGACGCUGCUCGGCUUCGCGACCGCGCAGGAGACGGGUAACCACCCAGAAUGGCCGCGGUGGUGCGGCAAGGCGUACAAGCCGGAGUAUCCCAGCUUCGACCCCGGCGGCCAAACGGUCGAGCCACCCGAACUGCCUGGCGGCCCGGCGCUGGAUAUCCAGUUCAAACCGCGCUACAGCAUCUAUCUGGAAAGCGACAAGCAGGCCGAGUUCGUCGUCACCGCCGCCGUGUCCAAGUGGUACGGCCAACCAUGGCCGGGCCUCGACGCGCCGGAAAAGGCACCCAAGGUCGUCUUCACCAUCAACCUCGUCUCCAACAACGACGUCUUGGUCUCGAACGUGGUCAAAGCUGGCUCGACGGGAAACGUCUUUGCCUUCAACCUCACCGGGCUGAAGCCCAGCUUCGAGCCGUACCAGGUCGUCCUCUUUGGCGCCACCGAGAGCGGAGCACCAAACGUCACGACGACGAGCGAGUUCUCGCUCCUGCCGGAGAAGACGACCGGCAGCGUGACCAAGCUGGACAACCUGAGCGGCGGGAUACUGUUCCGCAGCGCCGCGACGGGGCACAGGUUCGAGCCCUUUUUGCCGUACGGCUUCUACGCCUCGUGCGACAACUUUCUCUGCGACAAGGACAGCGUCCGCAAGAUCAAGGCGUACCGCGACCUGGGGCUCAACAGCAUGGUGUCGCUGACGACCGUCUUCCACUCGCGGCGUGAGUACGAGUACCUGGACGCGCUGGACCUGAGGUUCAUGUACGACCUGCGCGGGUAUUACAAGAACUUGACGGCGGUGCGAGAGCAGGUGGCUGCGAUCAAGGACUUUGACGCGAUAUACUCGUACUGGGGGUCUGACGAACCCGACGGCCAUCAGGACCCGUUCCACCUCCUGCCCGAGGCCCGCGCCGCCAUCCGCGAGCUCGACCCCUACCACCCCGUGUCGGUGACGCUCAACUGCCAAGACUACUACUUCCAAGAGUACACGGCGGGCGCGGACCUCAUCAUGGAGGACGUCUACCCGAUCGGCACCAACGGCACCUUCUCGAAAUGGGGCACCCCGUGCAACGCCACGUACGGCGACUGCGGGUGCGACAACUGCGAGGGCAACGUGCAGGACGUGGCGCGGCGGCUCGACGUCCUGGCGCGGCACGAGGCGCGGCGCGGGCUCUGGCCCAAGACCAAGGCGCACAACCCGCAGAGCUUCCACGGCGAGGGGUACUGGCUGCGCGACCCGACGCGCGACGAGGCCGUGGCCAUGGACGCGCUCGGGUUCCAGCACGGGGCCAAGGCGGUCGCGUCGUGGGUGUGGCCCACGAGCGAGGCGCUGGCGGGCGUGCGCGGCGCCUUCGCAAAGGUCGUGGCCCGGAGUCCGGUCAGGGACCUGAUCGUGAGGGGGGUGGCGGAGAGGAUCCGCGCUCAGGGGCCGGGUGAGGGGGUUGUCGACGCGGCGUACUGGCGGCUGGGGACGCGGGUGUUGGUGUCGGUCGUCAACGGCGGCUACGAGCCCAUCAGAGACGACGUUGCUAUCCCCCUUCCCGAGUCGUUGGCCGUCAAAACCAAGGAAAAUGUGGUCUGGGGCAACGGGACGUGGACGCUCCAGGGGAGCCAGCUCCGGCUCAGGGGGCAGUCGGCCAUGUCGACCAACAUGAUCAUUCUGGGCGUGGGUGGGUGA